GACCAUGACAGUGACAUCAAUGUCAAAAGUUUGAUUUAUACGUUUUCAAGCGGGAGCAGCUUAUGUUUGUAUUUUGAACAUAAUAUUUUAUUUUUAUUUUUUGUUGUCAUACGUUUAAUAUGUUUUUUAUUACUUAAUAUACAGUAAGCUUAUAUCAAUUAACAAAAUGGUGGGCACGGGCACUAAAGAUAAAGAUGACAAAAUCUCGAAUAUUACUAAUGGAAUUGAAAAUAAUCAUAUAUUUGAGGUAGAUUACCUAAAUAACAUUACCGUCCUUGAUUUGAGCAAGAGAAAUCUAUCAAGUAUAAGUGAGGAACUGGAUGUACUGCCUAAUAUAAGCCACCUAAACAUAUCCCAUAACAAUUUUAUUGAAGUUCCCAAAACAGUGAUGAACUUGAAGAAUUUAAUAACUUUAGACAUUUCUUAUAAUGCCAUAAUAUUUUUCGAUGACCUACCGAGUUUCUGUGAUAUAAUAGAAAAACUUGAUAUAUCAAACAAUAAACUAGAAGGCCCACCACUUUGGGUAUGGGUUGAAAAACCUAAGAAAUUAUCUCAAUUGAAUAUAAGUAACAAUAAGUCCAUAUGUCAAUCAUUAGUAGCUGGCUAUUUUGAAGAGCUACUUCAGUACAAAACUCUAGUCAAUGAAAUAAUUAUAAAUAAUUGUAAAUUGAAUAAACAUAUGACCCUACUGGCCACAUGUUCUAAUGCUAGAGUUAUACAAUUAGGUUCUGAAGACUAUGAUUACCUAGCCGUCAAUCAUUUAGACCAUGUGCCAUGUGUGGGACUUGACAAGUGCCUUGAUGUAGAAAAGUUGCACCUGUGCAACACACAAAUAUAUGAUAUAAACUCGGACAUAGAUAUAUACAAGAAUUUGAAAGAGUUGGAUUUAUCACAGAAUCAUAUUAACAGUUUACCUAAUGAGUUUAGCAACUUAGAGAAUUUACAAAUAUGUGUAUUAUCAUUUAACAAGCUUCUUUAUUUACCUGAAAACUUGAAUAAGUUGAGAAAGUUAGUUAAACUUUACCUGGACAACAAUGAGCUUUGUAUGUUGCCAGAAAACUUGCACGAGUUGCCAUGCUUGAAGACAUUGGACCUCUAUGGUAAUUACCUUUGUGAUGGGUUAGAGUCUGUACACAAUCUGGAGGAACUAGAUAUGGCACAGAAUUAUUUUGUAGAGCCUGAUAAUGAAGAAUAUUUCAUUAAGAAAAAUAAAUUAAGAAUCCAUCGCACUAAUAGAUUGGAUGGCCAGAGAGCGGAAGCUGUCCGAGAAGAAAGUGAAUACAGUAAAGAUGAAACUGAUGAUGAAGAACUGUACAAUGCUAUAAAUAAUGGAUGUCAAAAUCAACAAGAUAAGCCAUGUAGCAGAUCGAGUACUCCAGAAGACUGGGAUUCUGAUGACUACUGGAUCCCACAAUACUACAAAGCUAUCUCCCCACCGCGCUCCCCAUGGCUGUUCUUUGUGAAGAAGAAAAUGGAAGAAGGCAACUUCUGCCCAAUGGAUGCACAUCCUAUAUCAAUAUCUGAAAAAGUUAAAUAUGAGAAAAUGAUGAAUCCCCAACCAGUGCAUGAGUCUGAUGGACAGUUUGAUGAUUAUUCUGAUGAUGACAGCUAACAACUUGUUGAAACCUCUUUAUUCAGAAAAUCAAAUCAAAAGCUAAUUAUCAUGUCCCUUAUCGGCAACCUAUGACCUACGCGACUUUAAAGCCACCGUCAUAGGGCAUCGCAUUGCUUACUAUGUUACCAAUACACCAGAGCCCGCGGCAGAAGCUUACGCAUUAUCGCGGACGACUUUUCCCCACACCCACUCAUGUGUGGUUGUUACAUUGUGGUUUAAUUCGUGAUAUCUUUAAUGGUGGAAACCGACCAUUAUGUGCCAUAUUCGUUAUUACAGUUUUAUAAAUAUGGCGCUCAGAGGGCCUACCCCUUAAGAAAUAUUAUUGUAAUUGUGGAAGAGAGAUACAACUACGCCAUGUUAUCGGUUGCACUCUUCUAAACCUGCAAUAAUAUAUGACUUCAAGAUGUCGUAGUUGGCCUUAAGCUUUAACUAAGCAGUACAUAUUUACCAGAAUAACUGGUUGCUUUAAUAUGAAUCUAAAUAGGUUAAAGAAGUUUAACGGUGCUAAUUGUUCCUGCCGUCAUUUUGUUAUAAUUACCUAUGUAAAUGUACAAGUAUUAUUUGUCAGAUUUAAUUGGAAGAUCUUCAUAAUAUGUAUUUUUGUUUCUAUUUUCGUUUGGAUAAAUAAACAUAUUUUGUUAAUUAAAUGCCCUAUGAUUUUAAAGUGAUCUUCGAACCAGGGAAGGACAGCAAAAGCUAGAAGUAUAAAUUGUUUUUUAAACAAAAGCUGCAAGCUUUCUUAAAACUUACGAAUUUGAAUCGAUUUGGUACUAAGUUCAGCACUUAUUCGUUGAGCUAAUUUAGUUGGAACUACGCCUGAACGAAAGCUAACGAUGCUGAUCACAAGAUCGCAGCUUGAUCUUCGUUUACACCAUUUCAGAAGCAGAUCGAGCACCGAAUUUAUUUAAGCUGGCGCACUUAUAGCGAGUGUAAAGAUAAUUUCUUUGCGAAUCCGUAAAAUAGACUUUAAAACAAUAGGUGUAAAGAGCAUACUUAAUUAAAAAGCAUCGAGAACAACCCAAG